CAAGACCCAAAGCGCCCUCUCUCUCUCUCGGCUCGUCUCUGUUCGGCCAUCAUCACACCCGCCGCUGCCGCCUGUCGCUCGGACCUCGCUCCCUCUAUACAGCGGCGCUUUCUGCUUGGCCGACGAGCACUACCAUACACCCGAUCUUGCUCGCGCAGCAAGACCUGAUCCUGUCGCCCUCGUCUGAUCACACCGCACGCCAUGGCCGAGCAAAUCCAGAGAGAUCAGCAGUACCAGUACACAGCCAAUGCCAGUCUUGUCCUGAACGUCAACCGCUCGAGUCUCCCCCGACGAGACCAAGAACCCAGCGGUGAGCCCGAGACCCUCUACGGACGGAUCAAGAAGAAUGAGUUUGGUGAUCGAGCCGUUCGCACCAUCGAUGAACAGAAAGAAAAGGUCGAGGCCAGGAGAAAGGCCAAGGAACAGAAGCUGAAAGCCAGCGGCGCCGAGCGCGAUGCCGUCAAAAAGUCGAAAAAGGAUCGAGACAGCUUUGCCCGAUAUGGGCACUCGAACAUUCUGGCUGCCACCGACGAUUUUGAGGGCGAGACGUACCGCCCGCGAACCAGAGAGACCCGGCAGACGUAUGAGCUGAUCCUGACCAACAUCCAACGCUACCUCGGCGACAUCGCAACCGAGUACCUCCGCGGCGCUGCCGACGAGGUCCUUGCGAUCCUCAAGGACGACUCGAAGAAGGAUUUCGACAAGAAAAAGGAGCUCGAGGGCGUCUUUCGAAUCUCGGUCAGCUCGGUUGACUUUUCGCAGCUCGUCAACCUCUCCAAAAAGAUCACCGACUACAACAUCACAGACGCUGCCGAGCCCAGCAACGAGUCGGGCAUGGCUCGCGACCAAGAUCUAGACGAGGAGUAUGGUGUUGCUGUUGUUUUUGAGGAAGAUGAUGAGGACGAAGACGACGACGACGAGUACGAGGUCAAGGAUGCCGAGGAUGAAGACGACGAAGAGAGCCGCCGAGUCGGUGCCGUCGCCGACGAUGGCGAGCCCUCGGAUGUUCUCAAGACCAGUGCCGCCGGCGCCGAUGACAUGGACACGGAGGCGGACAACGACGACUUUACGACCGUUAUCACCGCCGGCGCAGCGAAAAAGCAGACCAAGGGCGCCGCUCCAACCGAGGUGCUCAACCCCCACGACGUCGACGCCUUCUGGCUCCAGCGCACCGUCUCCACAUUCUACAGCGACGCCCAUACGGCGCAAGAAAAGACCAAGCUUUCCUUUGGCAUCCUCUCGUCUGCAUCGAACCCCAGAGAGUGCGAAAACGAGCUCAUGGCCCUCUUUGACUUUGACAAAUUCGAGCUCGUCAAGCUCCUCACGCGCAAUCGCGAUGUCAUUGUCUGGUGUACCCGGCUAGCCCGAGCCGAGGGUGACGAAAGGGUCAGCAUCCAAAACGAAAUGCGCGAAAGCGGAUACGCGAGCAUCCUUGAGCAGCUCCUGCUGGCACCGACCCGCAAAGCCCAGGGCGAGAGCCGUCGAGGUGUCGUCGAGGACGCCAUGAAGUUCCAGCAGGCCCAGGGCCCCAUCGAUCCGACAGCGUUGCUGAGCGCUUCGGCAGCGACCGUAUCAGGAUCAUACGUGCCGCGAGCCGUGAUCGAUCUGGAAUCGAUGACGUUCGAGCAGGGUGGCCAUCUGAUGUCCAACAAAAAGUGCAAGCUGCCCGAAGGCACCAUCAAGCGAAGCAAGAAGGGCUACGAAGAGAUCCACGUCCCCGCCCCCAGGAGCAAGCCCAUGGCUGAAAACGAGAAGCUUGUACCGAUCGCGUCUCUGCCCCAGUGGGCUCGCGCAGGCUUCAAGGGCGCCGAGAAGCUCAACCGGGUCCAAAGCCAGGUCUAUCCCAUCGCCUUUGGCGAAGAUGAGAAUCUGCUGAUCUGCGCCCCGACCGGUGCUGGCAAGACCAACGUCGCCAUGCUCACUAUCCUGAGAGAAAUAGGCAAGAACAUGGAUGAGCAGACCGGAGCCCUCAACUUGGAGGCCUUCAAGAUUGUCUACAUUGCCCCCAUGAAGGCUCUGGUUGCCGAAAUGGUCGGCAACUUCCAAAAGCGCCUCGACAACUAUGGCAUCAAGGUAUCCGAGCUCACCGGCGAUCGCCAGCUCACCAAGCAGCAGAUCGCCGAGACCCAGAUCAUCGUCACCACUCCAGAAAAGUGGGAUGUUAUCACCCGCAAGGCCACGGAUCGCUCCUAUACCAACCUAGUUCGUCUCAUCAUCAUCGACGAAGUCCAUUUGCUCCACGACGAGCGCGGACCUGUCCUCGAGAGCAUCAUCAGCCGCACGAUUCGCACCAUGGAGCAGACACAGGAGCUCGUUCGCCUUGUCGGCCUCAGUGCCACGCUCCCAAACUACCACGAUGUCGCCGCGUUCAUGCGCGUCAAGCCCAACCGGGGCCUGUUUUACUUUGACAACAGCUACCGCCCAUGCCCCCUGAAGCAGCAGUACAUUGGCAUCACCGAGAAGAAGGCCAUCAAGCGCUUCCAGCUCAUGAACGAGAUCGCAUACGAAAAGGUUAUGGAGGAGUCCGGCAAGAACCAGAUUCUCAUCUUCUGCCACUCGCGCAAGGAGACCGCCAAGACCGCCAAGACUCUGCGCGACAUGGCCAUCGAGAAGGAUACCAUCGGCGAGAUCCUGGGCCGUGACGCAGCCAGCCGCGAAAUCUUGCAGACGGAGGCAGCCACGGUCAAGAACAAGGAUCUGCAGGACAUUCUGCCAUACGGCUUCGCGAUCCACCACGCCGGCAUGGCCCGAUCCGACCGCACCCUCGUCGAGGACCUGUUUGCCGGCGGCCACGUCCAGGUGUUGGUGUCGACGGCCACGCUGGCCUGGGGUGUCAACCUCCCCGCCCAUACCGUCAUCAUCAAGGGCACCCAGGUUUAUUCGCCCGAGAAGGGCCGCUGGGUUGAGCUGAGCCCACAGGAUGUCCUCCAGAUGCUUGGUCGCGCCGGCCGUCCCCAGUUCGACACUCACGGCGAGGGUAUCAUCCUCACUACCCACACCGAGCUGCAGUACUAUCUGUCGCUGCUCAACCAGCAGCUGCCAAUCGAGUCCCAGUUCAUCUCUAAGCUCGCCGACAACAUGAACGCCGAGAUUGUACUGGGCAACAUUCGCAGCCGCGAGGAUGCGGCCACCUGGCUCGGCUACACCUAUCUGUAUGUCCGCAUGUUGCGAAAUCCGUCGCUCUACAACAUCACCCCCGAUGAUCUGGCCGAGGAUCGCUUCCUCGAACAAAAGCGAACCGACCUGGUCCACAGCGCCGCGACCUUGCUUGACAAGAGCAACCUGAUUCGAUACGACAAAAAGACCGGCAAGUUCCAGGUCACCGAGCUGGGCCGCAUUGCGUCGCACUACUACGUCAGCCACCAGUCCAUGGCCAAGUACAACCAGCACCUCAAGCCGACGCUGAGCCUCAUGGACCUCUUCCGCAUCUUUGCUCUGUCGGAGGAGUUCAAGUUCAUUCCCGUCCGCGAGGAAGAGAAGCUCGAGCUCACCAAGAUGCUCGAGCGCGUGCCUGUGCCUGUGAAAGAGAGCAUCGAGGAGCCCACUGCCAAAAUCAACGUGCUGCUGCAGGCCUACAUCUCGCAGCUGCAGCUCGAGGGCUUUGCGCUCAUGAGCGACAUGGUCUACGUCACCCAGAGCGCCAGCCGAAUCAUCCGAGCAAUCUUUGAGAUCUGUCUCAAACAAGGCUGGGCCCAGCUCGCGCGCAAGGCCCUCGAUCUCUGCAAGAUGGUCGAUCGCCGCAUGUGGUUGUCGAUGAACCCGCUGCGCCAGUUCCGGUCGUUCCCGGCCGAUCUCAUCAAGCGGUUGGAGAGCAAAGAGUUUGCCUGGGACCGCUACUACGACCUGCAAGAGUACGAGCUGGGCGAGCUUGCCGGCAUCCCCAAGCUUGGAAAGCUGAUCCACAAGUUCGUCCACAUGCUCCCGAAACUCGAGAUCGAGGCCCAUGUGCAGCCCAUCACGCGCUCUCUCCUGCAGAUCGAGCUGCGAAUCACGCCCGACUUUACCUUUGACGAGAAGGGUGCCAGCGGCGCCGAGUCGUUCUGGGUCUUGAUUGAAGACGUCGACGGCGAGCAGAUCCUGUACCACGAUCUCUUCCUGCUGAAGGAGCGAUAUGCCACCGAGGAGCACGUCAUGAAGUUCACCAUUCCGCUCUACGAGCCCUUGCCGCCCAACUACUUUGUGUCGAUUGUGUCGGAUCGCUGGCUUCAUUCAGAGACGCGUGCGCCUGUUUCGUUCAAGCACUUGAUCCUGCCCGAGAAGUACGUCCCGCACACCGAGCUCUUGGAUCUACAGCCACUCCCGACGGCUGCGUUCGGGAACCGAGAGUUUGAGGCCGUCUACAAGGACAUCCGCGUAUUCAAUCCCAUUCAGACGCAGGUCUUCAACUCGCUCUACAACUCUGACGACAACGUCUUUGUGGGUGCGCCAGCCGGAAGCGGCAAGACGAUCUGCGCCGAGUUUGCUCUGCUUCGCCUCUGGGCCCGCAACCCGCGUGCUCGCUGCGUCUACAUUGCGCCAAACGCCGACGUUGCUGAGCUGCAGAUGGCCGACUGGAAGUCCAAAUUCGGCAAGCUUCUGGGCGGCAAGAACAUUGUGCUGUUGACCGGCGAGACAACGGCCGAUCUCAAGUUCCUUGAAAAGGGCGACAUCAUCUUCUCGACCCCGGAGCACUGGGACAUGCUCUCCCGCCGCUGGAAGCAGCGCAAAAACGUUCAGACGAUUGGGCUAUUCAUCGUGGAUGAAGUUCACUUGAUUGGCAGCACUCCCUCUGGCCCGACGAUCGAGGUCAUUGUGUCGAGGAUGCGCUUCAUCAACGCCCAGAUCGAGGGCAAGAUCCGUAUCGUUGCCCUGGGCACCUCGCUUGCCAAUGCCCGCGACCUGGGCGAGUGGAUUGGCGCCAACAGCCACUCGACCUUCAACUUCCACCCCAACGUGCGUCCGAUUCCGCUCGAGAUCCACAUCCAAACUUACAACAUCCCGCACUUUGCCUCGCUGAUGAUCGCCAUGAGCAAGCCUGUCUUCCUCGGCCUGACUCAGGUUGCGCCCGGCCGGCCGGCCAUCGUCUUUGUUCCAAGCCGCAAGCAGUGCCGCCUGACGGCCAUCGAGCUGCUGACGCUCUGCGCUGCCCAAGGAACGGCCAAGCAGUUCCUGCGAUGCAGCGAAGAUGCCAUCGAAGAGUAUGUCCAAAAGAUCGAGGACAGGCAUCUGGCCGAGACCGUUUCCUACGGCGUGGCCUUCUUCCACGAGGCCCUGAGCCGCAACGACAAGCGCAUCGUCGAGACGCUCUUUGAGAGCAACGCCAUCCAGGUGGUCGUUGCCAGCAAGGAUACCUGCUGGGGCAUUCGUCUGCGCGCGCAGCUCGUCGUUAUCAUGGGCACCCAGUUCUACGAAGGACGGGAGCACCGCUACGCCGACUACCCGAUUGCCGAGGUUCUUCAGAUGAUGGGACGAGCCACCCGUCCGGCCCCUGGCGAGAGCGCAAAGUGCAUUCUGAUGUGCCAGGCGGUCAAGAAGGACUUUUACAAAAAGUUCCUGUACGAGGCGCUGCCGGUCGAGUCGCACCUCGACCACUUCCUGCAUGACCACUUCAACGCCGAGGUUGUCACCAAAACCAUCGAGAACAAGCAGGAGGCCGUCGACUAUCUCACUUGGACAUUCCUCUACCGCCGCCUGACCCUCAACCCGAACUACUACAACCUGCAGGGCGUCACGCACCGCCACAUCUCGGACUAUCUCUCCGAGCUCGUCGAGACGACCCUCGAGGACCUGGCCAACUCAAAGUGCAUCGAGCUCGAGGACGACAACAUGGGGCCCCUCAACCUGGGCAUGAUUGCGGCCUACUACUACAUCAAAUACGAGACCAUCGAGCUCUUCUCGAUGUCGCUGACCCAGAAGACCAAGCACCGUGGUCUGCUGGAGAUUAUCGCUGCGGCGGCAGAGUACUUUAGCGUGCCCAUUCGCCACCACGAAGACAGGGUGCUCAAGCAGAUCUACGACCGGCUCCCUGUCAAGGUCGAGAACCCCAACUUUAUGGAUCCACACGUCAAGACCAACAUCCUGCUUCAGGCGCACUUCUCGCGCAUCCAGCUGCCACCUGAUCUGGAAUCCGACCAGAGAUCGAUCCUCACGCGAGUGAUUGCCCUGAUCCAGGCUGCCGUUGAUGUGAUCUCGUCCAACGGCUGGCUCGACCCUGCGGUCACGGCCAUGGAGCUCUCGCAAAUGUGCGUCCAGGCGGUUUGGAACCGCGACUCGGUGCUCCGACAAGUGCCGCACUUGACGCUGCCUGUGAUCGAACGGCUCAAGGGCAAGGGCGUCGAGGACAUUUUCCAGCUCAUGGAGAUGGACGACGAUGACCGCAACCAGGCCCUGGGCAUGGACGGCAAGCGCAUGGCUGACAUUGCUCGGUUUGCAAACCGGUACCCCAAUAUCGAGUUGUCGUUCGAUCUCUCGGAGGACGAGGCACACCAGGGCGACAUGGUGACCCUCAAGGUUGUGCUCGAGCGCGAUGUCGACGAGGACGACGAGAACAGCAGCGGCCCCACCGACGUCGGUCCUGUAAUCGCACCGCACUUCCCCGUCAAGAAGGAUGAGGGCUGGUGGCUUGUUGUCGGCAACCCCAAGGACAAGACGCUGCUGGCGAUCAAGCGCCUGACACUGCAGCGGAAGCUGACUGUCAGCCUGGACUUUGCCAUCCCGGAGAGCGUCCUCGGCGACGUCGACUUCAAGCUCUACUUUAUGUGCGACUCGUACACCGGCGUCGAUCAAGAGUACGACCUGCCGAUCAAGGUUCUCGAGGGCAACGACGCCGGCGAGGACGAUGACGACGGCGACGAAGGCGACGACAGCGACGAGGAGAUGGAGGACGCCUAGGAAUUUUGCCGUGUCUGGUGGCCCCGUGGCCAGGGUGGGGGAGCGGGAGGGUGGGGACCGCACGCAACACAGCGCAUUGAGAACAUGUGACGCAGCCCCGAGCUCCACAAUAAAGGCAAUCCAAUAAAAAACGGGACACCCGGGUUUUUGACCAUUC